GCAAUAUGAGUCUCGAUUCACGCUUCAAGAUGAUGCUGUCUAUUGUAUCUCUCGUUAUUAUUGGAUUAUCAUGGGUAAUCACACCUGUUGAAAUGAAUGAAGUUACACCAGACGGGACGUACACAAGCUGCAAAUGUCUGAAGUACGACAUAUUCUGCCAGAAUGACAAAUCUACAUGGGAAUGGGCAAAAAACCAUUGCGAGAAUGCCGGUGGUUGGCUAGCAACUAUUGAUAAGCAGUCCACCCACCAAGCUAUUCGGCAGAUCAUCUAUGCUGAUUUAGAUAAUAAAACUUGCCAUAAUUAUGGGUUCUGGAUCGGCUAUUAUGAUCCACGCCCGUUACCAAAACCGACGCGUCACAAGGCAAACCCCGAUCUCUUCACAUGGGUAAAAGUUGAUGAGCCGUGUACGCAGUUUGUAAAAUGGGAAACAGACGAACCAAACGACAAUAUCACUGAGCAUCCCGACGGACAGAACUGCGUUCAAUUAUGGUAUAGACCGACAAAACGUGGUAAUUUUGAUGAUGAGUAUUGCUAUGAGAAGAAAGGAUAUGUGUGUAUGUUUGAAGUCGAUUGCCCAUGUGCCAACCCAUAAACCAAAUAUUCUGUAAGUGUAAGAAACGCAUGAUGCCGAAUUCGUUAAAUAUUUGAACACGACUAUGGACAGUACUCGGUUCUUUUUUUUUCUGUAUUAGCAUUAAUGCAGUGAGAAAGUUUAGAUCAGCAAUAAACCAUAUAUCAUAAAUAA